AUGUCCAGCUGCAGGACGAGUAUCGUGUCCAUUCUCAAUAAUGAUGACAACCCAUCCUUUGCUGUCCGGUCUGCACCGCGACUCACCCGCACACAAACUUCUCCAUCCUACUAUCCAAAUCAAUCAGAGCGCCUCCCUCCCAUCGAAUACCAACCCCAUGCUUCAUCCGUAUCUCCAGCUGCCUCCCCCCGAGGCACAAGGCACUUCGACCCAGUAACCGAAACAGUGGUCCCUGUCUCUCCAGGCUCCUCCGAUGGUUCCGCUUACGACUAUAUUACCAGCCAACCAUCAGCGUACCACCCAUACGCUCGGCAAGAUCCACGACGGGAACCCUACAGAUUCCCAUCUCGCGGUCCCGCCCCUCCCAGGACUCCUCCGGAGACAAGCGCCAGUACUUCAGAAUCCACUCAGACUGGUCCCCGCGCUACGGGCAGGAAGAACAAGUACCCGUGUCCGUAUGCUGCCAGCCACGGGUGCACAGCCACCUUCACAACCUCCGGCCAUGCUGCCCGCCACGGAAAGAAGCAUACCGGUGAAAAAAGCGUUCAUUGCCCGAUCUGCAAUAAGGCUUUUACGAGAAAAGAUAACAUGAAACAACAUAUUCGGACGCAUCGCACUCACUCCGAUGAAAUGCGGUCGACUUCUGAGCCGGAGAAUGAAGCGAGGUGGGGUAUGGCUCGGCCUGAAUCGGUUUAUGCCGUUUCGCAUCAGCGCAAUAUCAGUCAGCCCGUUGAGUCUGGUGCGAAGACUACUUCUGGUCCUGCGAACGCACCAUGA